AUGAGUGAAGUUCAGGCGCGUUUGAGAGCCGCGCUCGUGGCAAUCGCGGAAGAAAACGUGGACUGGUUGUAUAGAAACACAAUUGAGGAUGCUAUCGCCACCUUGGACGACGGUAUACGACCGGAAGAGGAUGCGCAAGGAACUGUGUCUGGUGCGUGCGCCGCCGUGGGGAGGUUGGACCUUCUCGUAGAGGCGCGCGCGCUCGGGUAUCCUUGGAACGCGAAGACGUGCGCGAAUGCCGCCCGUUAUGGACAUUUGGAGUGUUUGAAGUACGCGCACGAGCGCGGGUGUCCUUGGGACGUGUGGACGUGCCGUGAUGCCGCCUCGAAUGGACAGUUGGAGUGUUUGAAGUACGCGCACAAGCGCGGGUGUCCUUGGGACGAGGAGACGUGCUGGUAUGCCGCCAAGAAUGGACAUUUGGAGUGUUUGAAGUACGCACACGAGCAAGGGUGUCCUUGGAACGUGUGGACGUGCUGGUAUGCCGCCAAUUAUGGACAUUUGGAGUGUUUGAAGUACGCGCACGAGCACGGGUGUCCUUGGGACGCGAAGACGUACUUUUGUGCCAUGUCAAAUGGGAACAUGGAAGUCAUACUCUUCCUGAUUGAGCGAGAGCAUCCACACGCGCAGAGUCUACGACUCACCUGGGAAAAAGUAGCGAUGCCGAUUCUCCCGGACGCCGACGCGGUAAUCGGUCUCGAAAUCGCACUUUCUCGACAUCGGCAUCGACACGACGCCGACGGCGGGCACGUCUCCCUUCGCGAAAUCUUGCCUUUCUGGCGAGAGCACAGACGACUGUAUGACGAAGCGCACAGAGCGGCGCGCGUGGACGCGUUGCUACCGGAGAUCGACGAAGAACGGCGACGGGUCACAGAUGCCGGAUGA